AUGCUCGACCGUCUCGUAGGCCUCAGCAUGCUCAUCGCAGCAACCACGGUCUUCGUCUACUACACCAUCUGGACCCUGUUCAUGCCCUUCGUCGACGACGACCACAUCCUCCAAUCCUUCUUCCUUCCCCGCGUCUGGGCCAUCCGCAUUCCGGUCAUCUUGAUUGUGUUGGCCACCACCGUUGUCGGCAGCUUCCUCUCCACAGUCAUGAUACGGAGCAACCGCAAGAAGGCGCUCAAGGCGCAGCAGAAGAAGGCUACUUAA